AAAAAAAAAAAAAAAAAAAAAAAGAUGUAUUUUAUCAUCUCAGUCUUACAUUUGUUAAUAUUUGUUUUCUGACCUAAGAUGUGGUCUGUCAUGGAGAAUGUUUCACAUGUGCUUGAGAAGAAUGUCUUUUCUGCUGUUUUGGGGUGGAGUGGCACCGUUGACCUUGGAGGACAUGGCCAUCGAGUUCUCUUGGGAGGAGUGGGCCUGCCUGGACCCUGCCCAGAGGGCCUUGUACAGGGACGUGAUGCUGGAGACCUGCAGGAACCUGCUCUCCCUGGGGAUUUCUCAUCCACAUGUGAUCCAGAAAUUACAACUAAAAGCUAACACUGAUACAGGAGUAUUCCAGACAGUGAUGUUGGAAAGACAUGAAAAGAAUGAAAUGAAACAUUUUUACCUCGGGGUUAUUGAGAAAAAUAUAUAUGACUUUGUGUAUCAGCAGAGAGAUGAGGUAAGAAAUUACAAAGGAAUGCCCAUAAGCCAUAAUGAAAACCUCACUGAUAAGAGAGAUGGACAUGGUUGGAGUCUUGCAGGAAUCAAGCCUGUUGGAAAUAGGCUUCCUGCCAAGCAUAUUGAUAGUAGUGCCUCAUUUUUACCACCUCAAGCAGUUUCUCCUGUUGUCCAAACCAAGACCUUUAAUACAAAUGGGAAUGAUUUUAUACAUCCUUCAGUACUGACACAAGACCGUGAAGCACACACUGAAAGACCUUACAAAUGUGAUGCGUGUGGCAAAGCCUUUCUUCAAGAAGUCUGCCUCAGAAGACAUCAGAUGAUCCAUAGAGGGGAGAAACCACAUAAAUGUGAUGUUUGUGGGAAAGCCGUUAGUCAAAAUGCAUACCUCGUAAUUCAUCAGAGAAUUCAUACCAGAGAGAAACCUUACAAAUGCAAUGAAUGUGGCAAGGCCUUUAAUAAAGACAUCAGCCUUACUCAUCGUCAGAGGAUUCAUUCUGGGGAGAAACCAUACAAAUGUAAUGAGUGUGGCAAGGUUUUUAGGGAAAAGGCAAACCUUGCAAGUCAUCAGAGAAUUCAUACUGGGGGGAAGCCUUACACAUGUAAUGAGUGUGGGGAAUUCUUUUAUUAUGACUCCCAGCUCAGAGCACAUCAGAGAAUCCAUACAGGUGCAAAACCACAUCAGUGUGACGUGUGUGGCAAAGUCUUCCAUCGAAGAUCACACCUUACAGGUCAUCAGAGGACUCAUAGUGGAGAGAAACCAUUUCAAUGUAGUGAGUGUGGCAGGGUUUUCAGGGAAAAAGCAAACCUUGCGAGUCAUCAGAGAAUUCAUGCUGGAGAGAAACCUUAUAAAUGUAGUGAGUGUGAUAAGCUUUUUAAUCAAAAGUCAACCCUUGCAAUUCAUCAGAGAAUUCAUACUGGAGAGAGACCUUACACAUGUAAUGGGUGUGGAAAAUCCUUUUAUUAUGGCUCCCACUUCAGAGAACAUCAGAGAAUCCAUACAGGUGCAAAACCACAUCAGUGUGACGUGUGUGGGAAGGUCUUUCGUGUGGGGAAGGUCUUUCAUCAAAGGUCACACCUUACAGGUCAUCAGAGGAUUCAUACUGGAGAGAAACCUUACACAUGUAAUGAAUGUGGCGAAAGCUUUAGAUUGAGCUCACUUCUCAGCCAUCAUCUGGCAAUCCACAUAGAAGAGAUACUACAUAAAUGUGACGUAUGCGUCAGGGUCUUCCCUACAAGCUCACAACUUUCAAUUCAUAAGAGAACUCAUACUGGAGAGAAACCUUAUCAAUGUAACGAAUGUGGUAAACUUUUUAAUCAAAAGUCAACCCUUGCAAAACAUCAGAGGAUUCAUACUGGAGAGAAACCAUACAGAUGUAAUGAGUGUGGCAAGGUUUUCAGGGAAAAAGCAAACCUCGCGAGUCAUCAGAGAAUUCAUACUGGAGAGAAACCUUAUAAAUGUAGUGAGUGUGGUAGGCUUUUUAAUCAAAAGUCAAACCUUGCAGUUCAUCAGAGAACUCAUACUGGAGAGAAACCAUACAAAUGUAAUGAGUGUGGUAAGGUUUUUAGGGAGAAAGCAAACCUUGCAAGUCAUCAGAGAAUUCAUACCGGAGAGAAACCUUACAAAUGCAGUGAGUGUGGAAAAUCCUUUUAUUAUGGCUCUCAGCUCAGAAAACAUCAGAGAAUCCAUACAGGUGCAAAACCACAUCAGUGUGACGUGUGUGGCAAAGUCUUUUGUCGAAGAUCACACCUUACAGGUCAUCAGAGAGUUCAUACUGGAGAGAAACCUUACAGGUGUAACGAAUGUUGCAAAAGUUUUAGUUUGAGCUCACUUCUCAGCCGUCAUCAGGCAAUCCUCUUACACAAAUGCGAUGUAUGUCUUAGCGUCUUCACUUCAAGUUCACAACUUUCACUGCAUAAGAGAAUUCAUACUGGAGAGAAACCAUAUGAAUGUAAUGAGUGUGGCAAGGUCUUUGGUCAAAAAACCAGCCUCAAACGCCAUCAAAAAAUUCAUUCUGGAGAGAAACCUUACAAAUGCAAUGAGUGCGGCAAGGUUUUUAGAGAAAAAUCAACCCUUGCAGGUCAUCAGAGAAUUCAUACUGGGGAGAAACCUUACAAAUGUAAAGAGUGUGAGAAAACCUUUUAUUGUGGCUCACUCCUUACUCGACAUCAGAGCAUCCAUACUGGAGUUAAACCAUAUAGAUGUGACACGUGUGGCAAACACUUUCUUACAAAUAGAAAACUUCAACUGCAUCGGAGAAUUCAUACCGAUGAGAAACCUUAUAAAUGUGAUGAAUGUGGCAGAGUCUUUCAUCGAAAAGAAAACCUUACCGGUCAUUAUAGAAUUCACACUGGAGAGAAACCUUACAAAUGUAAGGAGUGUGGCAAGGCCUUUCAUCAUAAAACAACUCUUUCAAGUCACCAGAAAAUCCAUAAUCGACAGAAAGCCUUCCAAAGUAAUGAGUGUCGGAAGACAGAAAGACCUCUGGAUGAUCACCUCACAGAAGAUGAUAACCACAGAGGGGAAGCUAUAUUAUUGUGAUGUGUGGGGAAGGUCUUCAUUCAAAAUUCACAGUUUAAAUUCAUGGGCAGUUCAUAGUGGGAGGAAACAUGCACAGUCAUGAGUGUGGGAUAAAGCCUCCCUUAACCACCAGAUGCUCCACACUGGACAGAGAUCAAAGAAAUGCAAUGACUGUCUCAAAGUCUUUAGUCAAAAUUCACACCUUAAAGUCUACCAAAGAAUUCAUACUGUAGAGAAACAAUACAAGUAAAAUGACUGGUAAAUCCUUCAGUGCACUUUCAAAUCUAACAUGCCAUCAGGUAGUCCAUAUUGGUGAGGGAAUUUAAGCAAGUGUGUUAGUGGGGUCCAUGUCUUCGGAUUCAUUGCAAAAGUCAUCCUGGAGAGAAAUCAAGUGAAUUUUCUUUUUUUUUUCUUUUUUUUUCUUUUUGGCCUUACCUGAGGUAUGUGGAACUUCCUGGGCCAGGGAUCAAACCCUCACUACAGCAACAACCAAAGCCACUGCAGUGACAAUGCCAGAUCCUUAACCCCCCCAUUGCACCACAUGAGAAAUCCAUGUGACCAGGGCUUUAGGCAAGGAAUUCGUUCUGGAAAUAAGCCCACACAUGCCAAGAAUAGGAAUAACCUUUACUUGGGACUCACUUCUCAUCAGUCAUCAGAUAAUCCAUAGUGGAUAGAACAUGACAGAUGUUCUGAAUAUGGCAAAGCGUUUUUUUGUGUGUGUGUUUUGGUCUUUGGUUUUUGCUUUUUUCCUCUUUUUUUUUUUUUUAGUAGGGCCACACAUGUGGCAUAUGGAAGUUCCCAGGCUAGGGGUCGAAUUGCUGCUAUGGUGAUGCCCUGCACCACAGCCACAGUAAUGCUGGAUUCUUGACCCACUGAGCAAGGCCAGGGAUCGAAUGUGCAACCUCAUGGUUACUAAUUGGUUCGUUAACCACUGAGCCAUGAUGGGAACUCCAUGAAAAAUUAAUUUUAUCGUUGAAAAUUGAAGAGAGAGCAGUUAUCUUGAGAGGAACAUUCAAUCAAAAUAAUCAUAAUAUACAUGUGCAUAUUAUGCACAUUUAACUGCUGCUAUUUUUGCUACUAUUUUAUCCAAAAUGUAUUAUAUGUCUCCUAUUUUAUUUUAUUUUAUUAUUUUUUUGUCUUUUGGGGGCUGUACCCACUGCAAAUGGAGGUUCCCAGGUUAGGGGUCAAAGCAGAGCUGUAGCUGCUGGCCUACGCCACAGCCACAGCAACUCAGGAUCCAGGCCACGUCUGUGACCUACAUACACCACAGCUCACGGCAAUGCUGGAUCCUUAACCCACUGAUCGAGGCCAGGGAUCGAACCUGAAACCUCAUGGUUACUAGUUGGGUUCAUUAAUCACUGAGCCAUGGUGGGAACUCCCUCUCCAAUUGUAAAUAAUACAAUUUAGUCACUAUUUUUGUGACCCUGGAUGAAUGCUGUUCCUUCUAGCAGCACAGUCUUGACCCCAUCCGGCUACUUGGUACAAUGCACUAUUAGGUUGUCAUGGUGGAAAAACAUCUCUAACAAUUUAUUUCCAAUAUGGAAUCAAACAACAUUCAAUUUAGGGAUUAUAUACCCAUGAUUUAUAUUUAACUUGUUCUGUCUACACUCUAUACCAGAAUAUCCAGAUGGUUAUCAAGUUUCUUCCAGAUUCUGAUGUCUAUUAGUGCAUAAAACUUAAUGGUGAUUUCUAAUUGAAGGACCGAAUUGGUUUUAUAGAAUGUACAGAAACUGAGCUCAUCCCACAUAAAAAAAUAGAGGUGCUCCAAGACUAUGUACAAUAUGGAAAACUUUUUUUAGGCAGAAACUGGGUGAUAUUAAAAAAUCUAUUUGUGGCAACUCCUGUUGUGUUGCAGCAGAAACGAACUCAGCUAGUAUCCAUGAGGACGUGGGUUGGAUUGGUGGCCUUCCUCCGUGGGUUAAGGAUCCGGCAUUGCCAUGAGCCGUGGUGUAGGUCACAGAUGAGUCUUGGAUCUUACGGUGAUGUGGCUGUGGUGUAGGCCAGCCGCUACAGCUCCAAGAACUUCCAUAUGCUGCUGUUGUGGCCCUAAAAAGAAAAAAAAAAUUAAUUUUGAAAAAGUUAUUUUUUAAAAGAAAAAAAAGUUGGUUUCAGGCAAGGUUACACUUGUGGGGGAAAGGCGGGCAGAAGUCUUAUCCUGUUUAUUAUCUCACUAGCGUUCAGUAAAUGAUAGUGAUUAGUUUAAGGUAGCAUUCAGGGGAGGGUGAAACUGCCGUUGUAUUAAGUCUUGAUUUGCUGUCCGGAGGCAAGGGACUCCACCUUGGGUUUGUUUUUGUUUUUGUUUUUUGCUCCGCCCAUUGCAUGUGGAAGUUCCUGGGCCACAAUUGAACCUGCUUCACAGUUGGAAUCUGUGUCACAGCUGCAGCUGCACUGGGUCCUUAACCCACUGUGCCUGAAGGGAGCUUCCAGAAAUGUUUAUUUUUAAGCACUCCCUGCAGCCGGCUCCACACUCAUGAGUAUGCAGUAUAUGAAUGGAUUGCUUCUUUUGUGUCCAUUUAAGUCUGAUGGUUUGCUUCUUGAUUUACAUGAUGGGAAAAUGGGCAUAUGGUGAGUAGACAAAAAAUAUUAGAACAUUUUCAGAAUUAUUCAGGUUCAGUUUUCUCGAGCUGUUCAGUACAGUCAUGUGAAAAUAACAGUGUUUCUGAGUUUUCUUUGAAAAAUGAAUAUAUAAAUGGAAACAUUUUUGUUUGAGGCGCUUGAAAUUUUGUGUAUCACCCUCCAAAACUUGUGUUGUUGCUAAUUUGCAUUUGUGGCCAUUUCACUGUAAAAGGGCGGAACUCCACGCAAAUCAUUUAGAUUGAUUUUAACAUUAAAGUUUGAUGAGAACGUUUGUUAUAUACUUCAGCUCUCUGGAUGGACAAGGGAGAAUUCCAAGGUGUUCCAAACACGGUUUGAAGAAACAGGGAAUGUGACUGGCUCGCUGGAGGUUACUUGGUACGGCUUGAACUUUGAACUUGUAGUUUUUACUACAGGAGGGAUCCUUCAGGGAAAAAGUUUGCCCAGAUGGGCACAGUAGGAAGUGGUCGUCCUUCAGGGUAAAGCUGUCACUAGUCAGAUAUCAAAAAUCCAGUGAGACUGAGAAAACACUAGGUGUUUACUCUUGAAAUUCCUGAUUUCUGGGAAAUACCAGACUUACCUUUCUUUCUUUUUUUUUUCUUUUUUUUUUUUUUUUUUUUGCUUUUUAAGGCCACAUCCACGGCAUGUGGAAGUUCCCAGAACAGGGGUCAAAUUGGAGCUACAGCUGCCAGCCACCGUCACAGCCACGUGGGAUCCGAGUCGCCUCUGCAACCUACCCCACAGCUCACGGCAAUGCUGUGUCCUUAACCCCCUGAGCGAGGCCAGGGGUCAAACCCGAAACUUCAUGGAUCCUAGUUGGGUUCGUUAACCGCUGAGCCACAACGGGAACUCCCGUAUUUCUUUUAUUACAGCACACACGCCUUCAUUGCACAAUAUGAUUGUUUUAAAUGUUUGUAACAACUGUUGAACUAAAUUGCCUAAAGUAUUUUUUAGACUAGUUUGAUAAAAGUUAAUAUGUGGUAAUGUUUAUAAAACAUUACUAAGAAAUUUACUAGUAGGACAGCAGUUAUCCAAAGCCCUUAAAAUUUUCAAAUAAAAGUUACGGAAAUUAGGAAUAAGUCACAUAGUUGAUUUUCUACCAUAAUAAGUUUUUUUUUUUUUUUUUUCCCCCUUGGCUGCAGAAGUUCCCAGGUCAGGGAUUGAGCCUUCACCACUUCAGUGACAACACCAGAUCUUUAACCCCCUAUACCACCAAGGAACGCCUGUUUUUGUUUGUUGUUGUUGUUGUUUUGUGGUUUUUUGUUUUUUGUUUUUUUAGGGCUGCACUCAAGGCAUAUGAGAGGUUCCCAGGCUAGGGGUCAAACCCGAGCUGCAGCUGCCAACCUACACCCCAGUGACAGCAGUGCAGGAUCCAAGCCGUGUCUGCAAGGAUCCUUAACCUGCUGAGCAAGGCCAGGGAUCCAACGCAUAACCUCGUGGUUCCUAAUCCUAUUCGUUUCCCGCUGUGCCACUGCAGGAACUCUGGUGUGUUGUUUUUUUAUCUUUUUUGUCCACCCUGCCGCAUAUGGAUUUCCCGGCCGAGGAUCAGAUGCAGCCCACUGUUGCAACCUAUGCCACAGCUGCAGCAAUGCUGAAUCUGUAACCCAGCGUGCCAGGCUGGGGAUUGAACCUACGUCCUGGCACUGCAGAGAUUCUCCCGAUCCUGUUGUGCAACAGCUGUGUCAACCCCGGAUCCUUUAUCCAGUGCACUGCAGUGGGAACUCCUUAUUGCACUUUGUUUUAUUGCCUUCACAGAUAAUCGCAUUUUUGCAAAUUGAGGGCUCCUGGCCA